UAUAAAAAGUGCAAUGCCUGUAGAGCGAACACUGACAAGCAAAGAAAAUGUGCGAUACUAGUAAAGAGUCUUCUCACGAGUUUUCUCGCAAAGAGCGGCAUCGAAUAGAAACUGAUUCUCAUCGUGAGAGCAAGUCCAGGGAGGGCAUACCCAGGCUGCACAAGGAUGACUAUUUUCGUUAUGCCUGUGAGUACCGCCAUUGGAUGAUGGAGACGAAGGGCAUCCACACAUCUUCUAUGACAGGAGACAUGGCACGAAAGGGUUUUAAAGAUUUUGUACGAGCUUGGAACAAAGGGCGGUUAAGUGAGAAGUAUUAUGAGGGCAUAGAGCCCACGUCAAUGGCGGCAUCGACUCGUUCUUCAUACGAGUGGCACUUCCGUGAUGUAGACGAGAAAGUUUUAGGCUCGGUUCGUACGGAGGUGAACAUCGCUACAUCUGGUGGACGAUCGAGGAAAGUGAGGCAGUCAUAUGAAGAGAGUGAGGAGCCAGAUUUCUACUUACCGGAGUCGGUGAGCUCUUCAAAGAACAGACAAGCACUUAUAGGUCCGGCGUUGCCUCCGAAGGCCGAGGUCCUUCAGGAGUCCGCAGAGGAACGAUAUGAACGAUUGAAGAGAGAGCGGAAAAAGUUCAGAAAGGAGCAGGAAUUACUUUACGACGAACUGGCUCCGAAACCAGCAGCUGGACGCGAGGCUAUGAUUGAGAAGAAGAAGCUAGAGAGGGAGAAGCGGCGAGAGCGCGAGGAAGAGGAACGCGGCGAGAUGCUAGUGAACGUGUUUGACGAAGAUGAUAGUACAAAGAGGUAUUUGCUUUCAAAAGAGAUGGCGGAGAAGCGAAAAAGGAAUGAGAGAAUUGAGACAAUAAGUGAGCGGCAUAAGGAGCGAGAGAUGAAAGAAAACAAGCUGAUGGAUAGUUUGAAGGAGAUGGCUAGAAAGGCGGGCUAUAAUGUAAGAUAA